CGGGGCCUCGAGGCCGGUUUGGAAUUUUUGGCGCGAGUUAGCUCCGCGCGCGUUCACGGGCCGUUCCCCCUGGAGAGAGUCAUUUUGCCUUGGCGUAGAGAGCUGUCGACCGAAGACCCCGGCCCUCCUGACCGCCCCGAGUGCUCCCGUGGCCUCUGCCAACCCGGAAUCUGGGACCUUACGGAGUUGCGCCCCGCCCACCUGCCCCAGCAGGUGCUCGUGUCUCCAGGGCUUCCAUGUUUAAAGCAGAACAUGUGUGUGGAGUAGACGUGGCUUUCUACCACAGCCUCUCUGGGGCCUCAGGACAAGGCGCUGUCUGAGUGGACACACUGUUCUGUACUCUACAUCUCAAGGCCUCCUGUGCUGGCCAUGCCUGUGCCCACAGAGGGCACCCCGCCACCCCUGAGUGGCACCCCCAUCCCAGUCCCAGCCUACUUCCGCCAUGCAGAACCUGGCUUCUCCCUCAAGAGGCCCAGGGGGCUCAGUCGGAGCCUCCCACCCCGGCCCCCUGCCAAGGGCAGCAUCCCUGUUAGCCGCCUCUUCCCUCCUCGGACCCCAGGCUGGCACCAGCCCCAGCCUCGGAGGGUAUCGUUCUGUGGUAAAGCCUCUGAGACCCUGCGGAGCCCCAGUUAUGACCCAAACCGGCCAGAGUCCUUCUUCCAGCAGAGUUUCCAGAGGCUUGGCCGUCUGGGCCAUGGCUCUUAUGGAGAAGUCUUUAAGGUGCGCUCCAAGGAAGAUGGCCGGCUCUAUGCAGUAAAGCGUUCCAUGUCACCAUUCCGGGGCCCCAAGGACCGGGCCCGAAAGCUGGCCGAGGUUGGUGGCCAUGAGAAGGUGGGGCAGCACCCGCACUGCGUGCGGCUGGAGCGAGCCUGGGAGGAGGGUGGCAUCCUAUACUUGCAGACGGAGCUGUGCGGGCCUAGCUUGCAGCAACACUGUGAGACCUGGGGCACCAGCCUGCCUGAGGCCCAGGUCUGGGGCUACCUGCGGGACGCCCUGCUUGCUCUGGCCCACUUGCACAGCCAAGGCCUGGUCCACCUUGACAUCAAGCCUGCCAACAUCUUUUUGGGGCCCCGGGGCCGCUGCAAGCUGGGUGACUUUGGGCUGCUGGUGGAGCUGGGUGCGUCCGGAGCCAAUGAGGCCCAGGAGGGAGACCCCCGCUACAUGGCCCCUGAGCUGCUGCAGGGCUCCUACGGGACAGCGGCUGACGUGUUCAGUCUGGGUCUCACCAUCCUGGAAGUGGCAUGCAACAUGGAGCUACCCCAUGGUGGGGAGGGCUGGCAGCAGCUGCGCCAGGGCUACCUGCCCCCUGAGUUCACUGCUGGCUUGUCUUCUGAGCUGCGGUCUGUCCUCAUCAUGAUGCUGGAGCCUGACCCCAAGCUGCGGGCCACAGCCCAGGCCCUGCUGGCCCUGCCUAUGCUCAGGCAGCCGCGGCCCUGGAGUGUCUUGUGGUACAUGGCUGCUGAAGCCCUGAGUCGAGGGUGGGCCCUGUGGCAGCCUUCCUUGAUCCCAUCCCCACAGGCCCUGCUUGCCCUGCUAUGCUGGCUCUGGCAUGGGCUGGUUCAUCCUGCCAGUUGGCUGCAGUCCCCGGGCCCGCCGGCCACCCCACCUGGCUCACCGCCCUGCAGCCUCCUCCUGGACAGCAGCCACUCCAGCAACUGGGAUGAUGACAGCAUAGGGCCCUCGCUCUCUCCAGAGGCCAUCCUGGCCAGGGCUGCCAGGAGCACCUCCACCCCACGGAGCAGGCACACACUGAAGGAUGCCCUUGACCUAAGUGACAUUGACUCUGAGCCUCCUCAGGGCUCCUUCCCCUCCUUUGAGCCUCGGAACCUUCUCAGCUUGUUUGAGGACUCGCUGGGUCCAACCUGAGCCCCUGCUCAGCCUUGGUGCUUUUAACCUUUUAGCCUAUCCCCAUAUCCUCCUGGAAGCUGGGGUCCCUCUGGGGUCCAGUGGUCCCUUCUACCUGGCCAUGUCUAAUAAAAGAUGUCUGAAUCUUG